CGAGCAAUCACAUUGAAGCAAUCUUGGCAGGUGUCCGUUAACCUUGUAGGGAAAGGGAGGAGUCUUCCCUGUUCUUCUGAUAAUUAUGGCUUUCCCCUGCUGCUGCUGCUCUUGGUUCUCAGUUGCUGGAGAAGAGAGGGAACCCCUCAAUAUACAGCAUCCAAAAUGUCGUGAAAACAAGAGAACAGCUGGCUUCAGCAAAGACAAACCCCUCACAGUGAAAAGGGUUAACGUGCCUGAGAUUGACACGCUUUUUGAGAACAUUUCUGAGACUUUUAAUAAGCAGCAAGGAGAUUGCUUGGCUCUCUGGGAGGCCAUCCAGGGGCUGAAAAAAGCCUACAACUGCUCACCUGCAAGCUAUCUUUCUGUAUGCAUGGAGAAGAUACAGCAAGAACACAGUGAUUAUAGUGUGCAGGUGCACAUGGAAGGAUACAGGUUUGGGCUGAAUGUGGGGGAUAAAGAAGUCCCUGAGCAACUGAAGCAGGCCCAAGAGCAGGUGGGGGAGCUGAACCGUGCCACCAUAGGCAUCAUCAGUUCACACACAACACUCCAAGAAAUGAUCCACUCAGUGCUUCAAAGCCAGGACAAGUUGCGAGAGAAAAUAAAAGUCACAAACUCUGAGCACCUAGAUUGGAUCCGCCUCGAAGGAAACCUGACAGAAAAUAUUGAAAAAAUCCAUCUGGCUGAACAGUUCUCAAAACAGUAUAAAGAAGAAGCCAAUGGUUUGCUCAAGGAAAUGUCCAAGUCAGCUGGCUUGACUUCCUAAGAAAGAGUUGAGAAUGAACCUGUAAUAGUUUGCAUUUCUUACUACAGAGAAGCUUUAAGGUGUUUUUGUCAAAAAGACUUUUGGGUAUAGUUCAACUGCACAAAUUGUCCACAAAUUAGAACUGAUCAAGAGAUUUCUGGAAGAACAAUCUUAUAUAACCACGUGUCAGAAGAUAAUGUCUCAAGGAAUUCUCACAUAGCUAUGGCUCUGAGAAAUUGCCAGUGAAAAAACAAACCUAAAUGCCACUAAAUUACAAAUUGCUUCUAAGUGGCAAAAAUGCAGUGCUGUUGCUCCCAAAUAGAUAUCACUUUUCUUGGUCAUGUCGGUAUUAACCAUUUAGUUUUGAAUCAUGUUUGCCCCAGGGCACAGGUGAAUAAGAAACUGCUAGGGCAGUGAAAUGACUCCCCCUUGCUUUUUAAGGGGGGAAGUCAGUUGCCAAGUAUUAUGAAGGACUGCUGGGUCAUUCUUGUUUCCAGUGCAGCCUUAGCAUCUGGAUUCUAGAAACUUUCAAGGGCCAAGUAUGUCAACCAAAGUGUUAGGUAGACAAAGAAAAAUAAUAGCUGCAGACUUGGGACAAAUGAAACAAGUAGAAAUAUUCUUUCUGUUCUCAACAUAAUCAAGCUCUCCAAGACAUACUUCAGAACCCAAAUGAGGGAAGGCUUCAUGCACUGCCUGCCUGCUCUGUGCUUACAGCAACUGUUCAUUCUUACUUUUAAAUAUGUAUAUGUAUGCAUAUUUUCAUCCCUUGCAUUUUUGCACUGUCACCAUCCAGGAUAAGCAUACUAGUAUCCAAGAUGCCUCCUUCAACUUAUUUUGAUCAUAAGAAAAAUCCCUUUUUUCAAACUGUCAUCUGCCUUUAAGUCAGGAUUUUUUUUCUCUUUCAGGAGUGACUUGAGAAAUUGCAAGUCACUUCUGGUGUGAGAGAAUUGGCUGUCUGCAAGGACGUUGCACAGGGAACGCCUGGAUAUUUGAUGUUUUACCAUCCUUGUGGGAGGCGUCUCUCAUGUCCCCGCAUGGAGUAAUCUGUGCUGUCCCCAGGUUGGAUUCGAACUGGCAACCUUCAGGUCAGCAACCCAACCUUCAAGUCAGCAGUCCUGCCAGCACAAGGGUUUAACCCACUGCACCACCGAGGGCUCCUAGGUUCAGAAUACUAGCACCUAAUAGCUUCCCCCAUUGAUGGAAUGAAAUUUUUCUUCCUACUUUUUCUAGUUCUUUUCCCCAAACCAUCUCCAUUUUUAUGAUUUGGUACUUGGAAAAACUUGUGUUCAAGAGAACCCUUUGACCCAUCCCAGCUAUUGUGUGAUGUAAGAAAAUAUAUGUAGUAAUGUAGUAAUCCAUAAUAUUUAAGGAACAGUAUUCAGGAUUCUAAUCUGUAAAACAAACUUCUAUAUCACAAGAGACACCAAAAGGCAACUUUUUAUUCUGUUUCCUGUGUAAUUACUUAUACAGUAUUCACAUUUCAGACUUUUUCUCUCUUAUUGUUUCCUUGUUCUCCACAGUCCAAAAACUUUAGCCAUGUCUGUUAUCUACAUUAAUGUCUUUAUCAUUCACCAUGAUGAUAAAGGACCCCUCACAGCAUUAUCUCUUUAUAUUUUGACAAGUCUCUUUACUCCUAGCCAAUCUAUCUUGCAUACUACUCCAUCAGAGUUUUUAAAAAAAAUAGAUACUUGUCUUAUUUGAAUGAUGCCUAUGUGCAUACUUUGCAUAUAUUUGUAAUAAACUUUAUUCAAUUAUUCUA